GAGCCGGAUCCGAGCCCGUGCUGCCGCCACAGCCACCUCUCUGCGCCCGGGCCCCCGCCGCCGCCGCGCCCCCUGCGGGAGAUGGAACAGAGGAACCGGCUCGGCGCCCUCGGAUACCUGCCGCCGUUGUUGCUGCACGCCCUGCUGCUCUUCGUGGCCGACGCUACAUUUACCGAAGUCCCCAAAGAUGUGACAGUACGGGAGGGAGACGACAUCGAAAUGCCCUGCGCAUUCCGGGCUAGCGGAGCCACCUCGUAUUCUCUGGAAAUUCAGUGGUGGUACCUCAAGGAGCCGCCCCGGGAGCUGCUGCACGAGCUGGCGCUCAGCGUGCCCAGCGCCCGGAGCAAGGUAGCAAAUAAGGAUGCAACUAAAAUCAGCACCGUGCGCGUCCAGGGCAAUGACAUCUCGCACCGGCUGCGGCUGUCCGCCGUGCGGCGGCAAGACGAGGGCGUGUACGAGUGCCGCGUGUCGGACUACAGCGACGACGACACGCAGGAACACAAGGCCCAGGCGCUGCUGCGCGUGCUCUCCCGCUUUGCGCCGCCCAACAUGCAGGCCGCCGAGGCCGUGUCCCACAUUCAGAGCAGCGGCCCGCGUCGCCACGGCCCAGCCAGCGCCGCCAACGCCAACAACGCGGGCGCCACCGGCGCCGCGGGCCGCGCCACCUCCGAGCCCAGCCGCGGAGACAAGAGCCCGCCUCCCGGGAGCCCUCCCGCCGCCCCGGGUCCCAGCGUCCCCGAGGCCGCCGCCGCCUCCGCGGCCCACGCAGCCACCACCACCGUCGCGGCCGCGGCCGCGGCCUCAUCAGCGUCGCCGCCACCCCGGGAGGCGGUCCUUCUGCGCCAGAGGCACGGCUCGGGCACCGGCCCUAACUUCGCCACAGACCCGCUCCUCUCCCUGCUCCUGUUAGCGCUGCAUAAGUUCCUCCGCCUGCUGGUGGGUCCCUGACAGACCCGCCCUGCUGCGCUCCUGAACGGGCCACCCCGCACGGCCUGCCCGCUCCCUGGCUGAGGACUGCAUCGCCAGGCGGACGGACACCGACAGACUCAGAGAAGCAUGACCAAGUUCACGUGGGAAAUAAAUAAAUCAUAUUUUUGGGGAAGUCACACUAAUGUAGAACACUUAAAAUAAUGCAUCUAGUUUCCAAAUCAGAUGGAGUUUGGACCACGCCGUAUGCCUGGGAUCAAUGAGUUCUCUAUUUUAAUGUAUUUUUCUUUUCUAAACUUUUCCUCCAAGUCUUCAUUUUGCACGAACUGUUGAGCAGUUAUCUGUAGGAUACUAUGUAAAAAUGUUGGGUCAAAGCCCAAUUUCUGACAAAGCAAAAUAUUUUUAGUAGCUUAUUGUGUUUCGGAAAUUUUUUAAUUUACUUUUUCCUUUGGGGGCUUUUCUUUUUUUUUUUAUUAAAGUAAAUUAUUUCUUUUGAGACAUUUUGAUUAAAAAAGAUACAUCUUAUCAUAAUUAAAAUUCACUGUCAAUAAUAUUUAUUUUUAAAUAAAGAUUGGAAACAAGGUCAGACAUUUGUUUAUAAACUGUAUUGUAUAUUGCUGAAUAACAGUUGAAUAAAAAACAACUUUGAAAUAA